ACGUUAUUUUUCGUGAUUAUAGCGCAUCCACAAACAGAAAAGUGCGUCUCAUAGUGAAUGAAUACUAUCAUGAAUAAGAAUUCGGUCACUGGCAAAAAGAGAUGAAGAAACGGAUCUUUUUGAAACUCAGGAGUCAACUGAAUCAGUUACCACGCAAAAUGAUUCAGUGAUUCGAAUCGCCGCACCCUGACGAGACCUGCUGGUCAAAACUGAAAUGCAACCAUAACACAAUUGGCAAAUGUUUUGAUUAACGUGUAAUCUAUGAAACAUGAUCUACAAACCAUUAAGUGGAUAUUCUAAAUCACAACACCAUAAGUGUCUAUAAUGUGUGUUUAUAUAUGUAUAAUAAGUAUUGUCCAAACACACAAAAAAAUUACUGGUGAAGCGACUGAGAUCUACAAGACGCACUAUUAUAAAAAUGGCGUUUAUUAAAGAGGAGAGUGAAGACAUGAAGAUUGAAGAAAGAUUCAGAGUAAAACAAGAAGAUACUGAGGAACAAACAAUGAUGAUGUUUAUUAAAGAGAAGAGUGAAGAAAGGACGACUGAAGAAACAUUCAGAGUGAAACAAGAAGAUACUGAGAACCAAAAAGACCUGAUGGAAGAAACAGAUCAGUAUAAAAAUCAUAAUUUCAUAACUGGAGAAAAAAUUUGCUCACAGACUGAAAAUACUUCCUCACAAAAGUCAAGAGCUAGAAGUAAAUUCACCUGCCAAGAAUGUGGAAAGAGUUUCAAUCAACAUGUAAACCUAAAAGUCCACAUGAGAAUUCACACUGAAGAGAAGCCUUUCUCCUGCCAACAGUGUGGAAAAAGUUUUGCUGAAAAAGGAAACCUUAAAAGACACAUCAGGCGAGUUCACACUGUAGAGGAACCUUUCACCUGCCAACUGUGUGAAAAAAGUUUCCCUCAAAAAUACAGACUUAAAGCCCACAUGAGAAUUCACACUGGAGAGAAGCCUUUCUCCUGCCAACAGUGUGGAAAAAGUUUUGCUGAAAAGGGAAACCUUAAUAAACAUGAGAGAAUUCACACUGUAGCAGAACCAUUCCCCUGCCAAGAGUGUGGAAAAAGUUUCACUCAAAAAUACAGACUUAAAGCCCAUAUGAGAAUUCACACUGGAGAGAACCUUUACACUUGCCAAGAGUGUGGAACAUUUUUCGUUAGAAAAGCAAGCUUUAAAAUCCACAUGAGAAUUCACACUGGAGAGAAGCCUUUCACCUGCCCUCACUGUGAAAAGAGUUUUACACAUAUAGCAACAAUUAAAUCCCACAUAAGAACUCACACUGGAGAGAAGCCAUUCAAAUGCAAUCAGUGUGGAAAAAGUUUCAGACAAAGAGUUGCCCUUAAAUGCCACAUGAGGAUUCACUCAAGAGAGGACUGUUUUAAAUGUCGUCAGUGUGGAAGUAGUUUCACAGACAGCAAUCACCUUAAGAAUCAUGUAAUAACUCAUGCUGGUGAGAAGCCUUUCAUGUGUCAUCAUUGUGGAAAGAGUUGCUCAAACAAAUCAAACCUUAAUGUUCAUCUGAAAGUUCACACUGGAGAGAAGCCUUACACCUGCCCUCAGUGUGGAAAGAGUUUCACAGUUAAACAAAGCCUUAAGACGCACAUAAGAGCUCACACUGGAGAGAAGCCUUUCAAAUGUCUUCAGUGUGAGAAGAGUUUUACGUAUCGAGCAGAUCUGAAAUGUCACUUGCAAACUCAUUCUGAAAAGACAUUGCAGAAAAAGGAGCAAUUUCAGACAAUUUAAUUGUGAUGGACAAAUAUUUUCUUAUUACACCCAUGACACCCUUGAAACGUCUGAGACUAUUUUUAAAUAAGUAGAAUGAGUUUUAAAUGGCUUGGCAAUUUAAAAUGGCGCCAUAAAAUAUACGUCUGUUUAAAAUAAAUUUUGAUCGUAUAGAGAGAUCACUCAUUUCAUUAAGAUUAAUACAGUGGAAUCAAUAUCUAUCUAUCUACAGUGGCAAGAAUUAGUUUGUGAACGCUUUGAACGUAUCUGGAUUGAAUGGAUAAGGGGCUUAAGGAAAGGACCAGAAAAUAUGAACACAUCACACCAGUCCUCAGGUCUUUACACUGGCUCCCAGUUACAUUUAGGAUUGAUU